AUGGUUCAUAAAUCUUCACUAACCCUUCCAGGUUUCCCAGAUCUCGACCGGCUUCGACGAUAUCAAGAACCAGCCAGCCAGCCUCAGGAGAUGACACUUGGCCCAUAUUCACCACCUCACCACAGUCCUUACGGUUCCUAUCCGCCACAGCAAUUCCGGUCGCACUGGAAUUUGCAAUCACACUCGCAUUAUCCUCCUCCAUACGACCAUCUGAGCAGCAACAAAUCCAUCGAUCCCUACUUUCAUAACUACGGAUAUUUUACCCCGCCCGCCUCUCACCACACCAAUUCCACCAUGGCCACUCCAGAUGCAGAUGAAAUGGAGCAAUUCCAACGUCUAUCCGACCAGUACCAAGCGGACCUUCCAGGACCUUUAAUUGGAAACAAGAAGCCCUUGUCGGAUCUUGUCACCGAAUAUGCCCAGGCCGACCAGGCCUAUGUCGUGAAAACCACUGCCCUUGCAGUAACUCACACCGCAUAUCGCCCGAUCAAAGGUGAUGGACAGUGCGGAUGGCGUGGGGCCGUCUUCGGCUAUUUUGAGAUCCUUCUGAAAUCCGGAGAUCUUGGGUUGAUUGCCCAAGAGUUAGUCCGCCUUCAGAGCUUCGAGCAAACGAUGCGAGCAGUUGGCAUAGACUACGACAUCAUCAUUGACAUGUUCGACUAUACAUGGGAACUUUUCGAUGCCAUCAAGUCCGCCAUAGAGCGCGGAGACAAGAAUGAGGCUGUCUUAUUGGAAGCGUUGAAUGAUGAAAACAAAUCGAAUUCGAUUGUCUAUCAUUUCAAAAUGAUGACGAGCUCAUUCAUGCAACUCCAGUCGGACCGGUAUGAGGCAUUUCUGGAGAUGCCAGUCGCCCAGUAUUGUCUCACGAGAAUCGAUCCCGCGAACCAAGAGAUAGAUCACAUUGGCUUACAAGCGUUGACUGAUGCCGUCAUUGCUCCAGCAUACAUUGCCCUCGAGGUCUCGUACUUGGACAGAAGCACCGGCGAUGAAGUUACUCCGCAUCAGUUUGUCCUGAACUCUCAGGGGUGGCCGACCAUUCGACUGAUCUACCGACCGGGACAUUACGAUAUCAUCUAUAAAGAUGAUAAGCCCAUUCAGGUUUUCUUCCAGUCAAGUGCUCCGCAAUAUGUGGCGCCAUUAGGGAACGAGAUUUUCAAAGGCGACAUGGAAGCUUUGAAUCUACAAUCAUAUAUGUUCCCAAAUGCUAAUGUAAUGUCUUCUCAUUCUCUCGUUGGUCCAUCGCUGGGAUCAUCGAGUAACACAUUCCAGUCGCACCUCCAACGUCCACCUCCGAUGUCGUUUACCGACACAAACGCCACAGAGCAAUCUUAUUUUCCGCCGGUGUCAUCUCACACAGCAACGCUACCGCAGCAGCAACAGCAGGCGCCGCCGCCGCCACCACCACCACCACCACCACCAGCAGGAGUCAGAUCACAUUCGCUCCCAUACCGGACAUACUCAUCUCCGAUGAUUCAAACGCAUCCACAGAUGUCCCCUUCAUCUCAGUCUCCCAGUUCGCCGUCUCCCAUUACCACAAAGUCUGGCCUGCCGAAUCACAAGACAAAUGAGGCCAAGAUCCGGUACAAUGAAAACUGCUUCAAUUUCAACAUUCACCGCCACGAGAGUCUCCCCUUGGAUCCUGGAUCGUUUGGCAGUUCCGCUCUGAGCCAAGCGCAUUUUGCGAAUUCCGAUUUUCAACCUCAGAUGUGGAAUGCGGAAGAGGAGUAUGGCAAGCGCGAAUGA